AUGUUGCCUGAAACAUACCAUAAUAGUACAAAUGUGAUUGGAAUAUGGCGUUUAAAGAUAGGCCUUAUUAUUCUUUUCUUGGCUUUAGAUGUGCGUUGUGCUGGUAUUAUCAAUGCACUUUGUAGUCCGGUUACUCGCUCAAAUACUCCUCAAAUCAGUGCGCCUAGUCUUGAGGCACUUAUAUCUGACAACUCAACUGUGCCUGUUUUAAUGCUUGAAGCUGCGUUUGCGGACGGCCAAUACUGGAGCCAGUUAGUGAACCAGGCCCCAGAGGAAGAGGUCGUGAUUAAUAAGCCGACCAACAAUAUAGUCUUCUCGGCGACUGAAGGCUAUGUCAAAAGACUGCAAAGUUCCUUGCAAACAGUUAACCGCAUCACUUGUGCUCAACUCACAAUUAAUGCCGAGAACGACCGGUCCCAGGAACUAACUGAUCUAGUGCAUCGACUAUUGUACGUUGCCGACUGCCGUAACAUUGAAGUUCGGAAUGCUAACUACUACGACAUGGCUUUUGAAACGACCAAUCUGGCAUCGCCGCCUAAGUUCAAUUUAUUAGAUAUAAUUAAGUAUGUAUACCCGCCAAUGGAGGUUAGAGCACCGGAAACAACGCUUACAUUCCACCAGUGCAACAGUGCGGCCAUACAAAGCAUUGCGACAAACAUUGGCAGUUGGAAGCAUCUACGUAAGUUAGUGAUCAAAAACUGUACUGAUGUUGACUUAGGAUGGAUGUCUAGCUUAAUUUGGGCCGAAGGUGAAGAUAAUACGAUUGUGAUUCAGAAAAGUCGUGGUGUUAAGAUAGACUUUGCUAAACUCUGUGGACCAAGGCUUCCAAAACUUAUGGUGGUUUUGGCUGAGAUGCGGAUAGAUGAUUUUAAGUUAACAACUGAGGGUUUGGAGAUUACAGUUCCCGAUAAAAUUGCUUUGCAGCUGGAUUGGGAGCUACUAGUAAGACUAGCUAGCUUGGCCCCAAAAAUAACUAUUGCAUGUUUGUUUCUGUCCGAUCGAAUUAGUGCGUUAGAAAGAUUGGAUUCGAUUUGGAGUGCUUCGGAUGAUGCAGGUGCUAGUUUACCUCUGGUGCCAACAAUAACAAUUGCUAAGCUGAGGAUUUUGCUGGCUCCGCAAACGCCCUGCCGCCUCGACCAAUAUGUCCGAGAGAACGUUAGGCUGGCGCUCUUCCAAAUUGGCGUUCAGGCCGGCUUGAUUGAAACAGAAUACCAGAUCGGUCGAGAAAUCAACGUUCAGAAUACUCUAGACCUAUUGGGCCUAGGUCCAUUCGAGGAUGCCGAUCUUGCUCAGUAUCAGGAAGUAGCCCACUGUAUGGAUGCAAUUACUAGUGAAGCCACGACUAGUCUAAAUACAACUGAAACCAAAGGAAAUCCCCUAGAAGCUACUAUUUAUUUGGACCAAAUUAACGGGCUCAAAUCAGCAUCUAAAAUCGACACUUUCUUGGCCCAGGAUCAAUGGUGCCGCUGUUUGCCAUACAGCCAUGUUACUAUUAUUGGCAAAAAGCACCACCAAGACUUGGGCAGACGACUUAUUCAAAUCUUAGAUAUACUGGGACUGGGCAUGGCCCACACCCUAACAAUCCAGUGCAUUGGGGACGUUCGGUCGGCUAGAUGGACAGACCCACCGGAGAUCUACCAUAAUUCAAACAGCCCCGGACUUCCUCUUAAAACAACCAUCAAGCGACUGGUCUUGGAUGAUGUGAGCAUGCAUGUGAUAUUUGGCGUGCUGCAGCGCUUUAUCUUUAGCAACCAAGUGGAGGUUUUGAUAAAGAAUUUUGGACCGCUAGCAAAGAUAUCUGCAAUUGUUUAUGGCGUUGACCUAAGUAAUAUUCCCUCCAUUCAAAAGAUAAGCAUCAAAGACUUUACUUUGGACUCGGUAGAGAGCCGCAAAUCAAGUUCAGCCCCAAAAUCGACUCUUUCGGCCCAAGAAUUAAGUCUUCUGACCCAAAAAUCAGAUCUUCUGGACAAAAUACGCAUCAAUAUGAGCACUGAACCGCUUUCUAAAGUCCUAGGCAGCUUGGAAAGUCUUUAUCGCCACGGACUGCCCUUCUACUGUUCCUUUGCCGCCUAUCAAGAGAAAGAAGGGGACAUACAAGACCUGCUGAACAAUCAAGUUGUCACAUCCAUUAAGCUAUAUGAUAUGCCCCUUGAUCAGGUAGUUCAAGCAGUUCAAGCAUGCCAGGCCGUCUCAGCCCAAUCUCGCAGUGAAUGUUCGCCGAUUUUAAGCACCCACCAAGUUCCCAUAAGCCUGAGCUGUAAGCUAAGAAGCCAGAAAAACACCCCCACUGUUGAGCACAUAGAAGCUCUGAUUCACUGGGUUGCAGUGAAAUUUCCAUGCAUUACCCAACUCAGUGUUAGAGUUUCAUCGAACAACAGCGCUCUUUUGACCCACCUGAAUCAUAUGACUAUCUCACCAACGAAUAUUUCCCAGGCUCUUACAUCGAUUACUUUCACUUGCCGAGAUGGUUCCUACUAUUACUCCACAGAGGUAUAUACGCCGGGCAUUAAACUUGCUCGACGUCUCUCUAGCAUUAAGAAUCAGCAAGGCACUCUGGUUGUUAUGCGGCUGGAAGAGUACUUCAUUUUGGUUGAAACGCCAGCCGUUCUUAAGUCCCUUUCAGUCUUUCAAAUGAUGAGUGACGACCUUUUCAGAGCUCUUCAAAGACAUUACACAAUCAACAACCCAUCCCAAGAGCAGCCCGCCGUCUUUAUUUGUCAAUUCUGUCACCGAGAGGACCAUCGAUCCGUUUCUGCCACGCAAACUCCUCCCGAUCGGUUCAAUCCACCCCCGGCCGGUCUAAUAGGGCCAGAUGUACUGUACGUAGCCAUCAUAGACUGUCUAUCUCUUGCUUGUUUCGCAUGCGCCCAAAAGCAACUUACUAAUCGCUAUAAUAUCUUAGUUCUUCUUCCCCAGCAAAUCCAGCCCAAAGGCCGGCAAUACAAUUUAUAUCUAGCCAGAUCGGGCACUUCCCCGAGCUGGGUUAGUACAUCGGAAUUGAACCAGAUGAAGACCCAAAGACGAAUCAUCAAAUAG